UGCUUCUUUUCUUCACCCCCGCCAUCGUCCGUGCUCGUCGGCUUUAGAAACGUUCGCCCGCAAAAUCUUCAGCAAUGCCGGGCAUGGAUCAGCGUGAGCUCGAGUCGCGCGUGAAGGCGCUGACCAAGGUCGUGGCGGCCAACGAGCCGCCCGAAAAUGCGCUGAAGCUGCUGGAGUCGCUCAAGAAGGAUGCGUCGCCGACAGAAGAGAUGCUACGGGCCACGCGCGCAGGUGUCUUUGUAGGCAAACUGCGGUCAAAUCCCAACAAGGAAAUUGCUCGAGCCGCCUCGGAACUCGUCAUCAAAUGGAAGAAGCUCGUUGAGCAGGAGAAGAACUCCAAGCUGCAAAAGGCAAAGACGGGUUCUCCGUCAGCACCCGCGGCUGCGUCUCUGCCCAACCCGUCCUCCAGCACUCCGUCCGGCGGCGCCAAGAAGGCCUUCAAGGGCGACCCCGAGAAGCGCAAGUUCGAUACCGACGGCGUCAGCAUCAAGCGUACCGAGUCCAACGUCCGCAACCAGUGCAUAGGCCUCAUCUACAAUGGCCUUGCCUACCGAUCCACCGAGUCCGAGACCGAUGUCAUCGCAAAGGCCGUUGCCGUUGAGAAUGCCGCGUUUACACUCUUCAACGGCGAGGGCGCCGAGUACAAGAAGAAGAUCCGAUCGCUCUUCUCAAAUCUCAAGAGCAAGACCAAUCGGGAUCUGGGCAAACGGGUCAUGUCAGGGGACAUUACGCCCAGUCGAUUUGUCACCAUGACGGACGAGGAUCUCAAGAGCGAGGACCAGAAGAAGAUGGAGAAGGAGCUGGAGAAGGAGAACAUGAAGAAGGCACAGGUGCCGAUGGCGGAGAAGAGUAUCAGCGACAGUCUGGAGUGCGGCAAGUGCAAGAAGAAGAAGGUCAGCUAUACUCAGGCACAGACACGAAGUGCUGAUGAACCGAUGACGACGUUUUGCGAGUGUAUGAAUUGCGGCAACCGGUGGAAGUUCUCAUAAGGAGACAGCGAGAAGGAGAAAAAUACAAGAAAGGCGCCACGUCUGCCUCGAGGACUAUGAGGACGUUGUUUCGAUUUGCUUUUUGUUUCCUACGGAGCGAAUGGGGUGGAACUUUUUUCGGGAUGGGAGUUAUGGAAAAUUGAUUACGUUUUUCGGGUAUGAUAUGAAGAACUCAAGACCUUCUGGCGCCGUAUCGUGUUUUUCCCCUUGCUCAUAUUUUACCUUCUUCAGCAUGCCUUGCGUCGGCGUGCACAUCAUGAACUUGGUGUUGCCGUGAGGCUAUGCAGUUUGUUUUAUCUAGAUCACCUAAUAGA